AUGAGCUUUUCGGAGAAAGACGAUUCUAUCCCUUCGAGUAGCGGCAAAUCAUGCAAGCUAGAGGAUGAGCGCGUCAAGCCGAACUUUAUCCACUCCUCGGAUAUCCCCAAGAAGAUCGCCUUGUUGAUACACUCAUUGUCGGAGUCCAAAAUCAACAACUGGCAGGCCCAUUGCCAGGAUCACCAUUUGAAGGUCUUGGUUAACGUUGAGUUGAAUACCCUACAUACAAGAUGCGCGACUCGUCCCAAACUCGAUACGUUGUUACAACGAAACAUGAUCUCACUAGCACAGAGACACCACAAACACCACAGGCGGGACCAAUCAUCGGAUAACAACUACUUGUCGGUGAUUCUCAAGCUGAAAGUGACCAAGAGUUCCAUCCAACCACAUGCUUUGAAAACCAACGAUGCCUUUGUUGUUCGUUUCGAUCUACUCAUAACACUAAUAAGUGGCGACAAGGUCCAUUUUGAAACAAACUUUGAUUAUGGUAUCCUCAAACAGUAUGAUUCCAGCGGAGAACUUGUAAAUGAAUUGCAAAGAUAUGUCCGGUGUCUAUUCUCGGCGCUCACGGAAGCAAAGCAACAAGGAAAAUUCAAACAAGAGUUUAUCCCUCCACUCAUGUCCGAGGCGAGUGAUUCAACUCUCGAAUGCAGCGGCGAUGAAGACUAUGACUGUUCGUAUGAAACCGAGAGCUGUAGGAUCGAGCCGCUAGCGUCAAACGAGACUCUAAAUGAAGAACUCAGACGAAGAUUCAGCGAGAUUAGCUAUAACGAGGAGUUUGCCACGCAAAAGACGAAAUUCUUGGGCAGCUUGAAUAAUUUACGACAUAAUGAAGAAGACGAAGAAGAAGAAGGAGGACAAGAAGGAGGAAUAGCAGGAAAAAGCGGAGUAGAUAGACGACGAAACAAAAAAGAUACCCAAAACGAAUUGUACCACCAACUAGCUUCUCCCUUGAUUCCAAAUUCCAGCGAAAAUCCAUUUCAUCUAGACGACUUGAUAGAAGUGGAAUAUGAGGACACGGAUGCACAGGAUGCGGACUACUUCAUGUUGAAUCCGCAAAAUAGCUGCAACUCUAAUGCUCCACCAAUGAGACAAUUUGAAAACGACGAAAGAGUCGCCGACUCGCCAAGAUGUUUUUACUCGCCAACAAAAUCAAGGAAAACAAUAUCACAAAUGUCAUCGGCACACUCCCUAUCUUUGAUUGAUAAGGAUGAAAAAUUUGGUCUUGAAUAUGCAUUCAAUGCUUCAGACGUGCCAUCCUUUAUAAAGCAGGAUAAAAAAUUCAAAUUCAUCAAAGUGGGCAAAGUUCAAAAGUUUGUUGAUUUAUUUGAAAAGAAACAGGAAACCGAAGAAGACUCAAGGGCUUCCAGCGCGAAUGGAAGUCGAGUAAACACCAGACCCGGUUCUCCCUUGGGAGCGAGACCUAACAAAAUCUGUACCUAA